AUUACACUCUGAAAUUUGACCAUGUAUUGUCCCCCCCUACAAUGAAAUGGGAUCUCCGCCCCUGCUUGUGAGCCGUCAUUCAGUGGCAUGGCCCACAAUAGUCUUCGUGCCAUGUUCAUCUUCACAGACAAAGGAGAGGGCAGAGCUGCUGGCAAGCAGAUUGAAAGAGACACACACCCUUUCAUAUCAAAGAGAACUACACACAAAGAGAACUGCACACAAAAAACAUCAUGCGACUUCCCCAUCGACUGGUUCUGGUGACACUCCUGGUUUCAUUUGUCAUUCUCUUUAGGAUCCUGGUGAACCAGUGGCUGUCAUUUGAGGCCAGUGUUGAAACUGUUGAAAGUGCUCAAAGUCUUGAAAGGGCUGUCACCACUGAUGCUAAUGUAGGCACAAAAAAUCACACAAUUUUAGUGUGGCACUGGCCAUUUGGGGACUCAUUUAAUCUAGAUGGUGACUUCUGCAAGGACAAAUUCGGGGUGCCCAAUUGCAUCAUGGUGGAUGAUCAGUCCCGGUUGACUGAGGCAGACGUUGUGAUUUUUCACAACCGUGAGCUGAUCCAAGGCCAACAAAGGUUACCUGUGAGCCUCAAACGCCCAGUGAAGCAGAGGUGGGUCUGGCUGACCAUGGAGAGCCCAGCGAACAAUGGGGACGUGAAGCCCUUUGCUGGAUACUUUAACUGGACCAUGACCUACCACCAGGAUGCAGAUAUGUAUUCGCCCUAUGGGUUUAUGGUGUCAAAGGACUCCGAAACUGAAGAGCCACUUGAGAGUCUCAUUCCAAAGGACAAGACUAAUUUGGUAUGUUGGGUGGUGAGCAACUUUUCACCGCACCAUAAAAGAACUGCUAUAUACGAAAAGCUGAAAACUGUGAUACCAAUCGAAGUGUAUGGUGGAGCAGUAAAUAAGCGUCUAGAUGAUAAUACUCUGUUACCUACAAUCUCUCGCUGCUUCUUCUACCUGGCCUUUGAAAACUCUGUCUUCAGGGACUACAUCACAGAGAAGUUAUGGCGCAAUGCCUACAUGAGUGGAGCUGUGCCUGUAGUCUUUGGUCCUUCUCGAGAGGAGUACGAAGCAGUGGCACAAAAAGAUUCCUUCAUCCACGUAAAUGACUUCAACUCCGUAGAGGAGCUUGGAGAAUUCCUCAAGACGCUGGCUGCGGACAGGGAACGCUAUGCCUCAUACUUCAAUUGGAGACGUAAAUACACUGUUGAAAUUAAACACUGGGUGGAGCUUGCAUGUAAGUUCUGCCCCAAAAUUAGCAGCAUGCCACCACUUAAGGUGUAUGAGGACAUAGAUGCUUGGCAGAAGUAAUAUACCUUUCUGAAAGUCAAAGCUCAUUGUUACAGCAGGGGAGGCCUAGGGGUUGUCUAGGGUCUUUAAAAAGGGAUUUUUUACGUGGAGGCUCUCUGUUGGUAACUUUGAACAAAUGGAACUAAUCAAAACAACUAAAAAUCAUAGCAGCUAAGACAUUAUGCCAAAUUGAUAUAGGUUUGUGGGAGUGGGGCCUAGUGAAGGUGUCAGGAAGUCCUCUUUUUCCCAUACAUCUUCUUUUUGCAGUUUAGACUAUUUUCUUCUAUUCUUUCUAUUUUCCUCUGUGGUGGAAUGACCAACCAAGUGCUGUCCGUUCUUAACACAGCCUUGGAACCUUCAAGAAGCAUUUCAAAACUCACCUUUUUUACACAGCAUUUGUGUAAUAUAAUAUAAUUUUUAAUAUAAUCAUAGUUUGGGUGUUUGGUAUUUUGUUAUUAUUGUAACGUGCAAGGAGUUGCAAAUGCUUCCGGCAUGCAGGACCAAGGGACCUUAAAGUAGCUCUCAGAGUGGGGACUGUUUAUUUGGUUAUCUUGACUGUUCUGUUCGAGAAAAAUGUGGUUUAUGUCUCCCUUUUGUGCCUUCAGUGUGUGUAAGUGUUAUCCAUUUGGUGGUGUUUCAUUGUUGGUUGAUACUUGACCGUCAGUGUCUUUAAUAUUUUACCUCCCUUUCAUUCAUUCAUUCACUCGUUGU